GUUUUGAUUUAUAUCGACGUGGCGAAGGCUCUUUGUGAUGGUAUCAAGUUUUAUGUGUCCUCAAAUGGGGUUAUUUUAAGUCCUGGGAACGAAAAAGGGAUUCUAGAAGCGAAAUAUUUCCACAAAAUUGUUACAAAAGAUGACAUCCAGGCCGUGCAAGAUUUGCAACAUUAAUAUCCCCACAAAAACAUGGAUGCCACAUGUUUACAGCCAAAAACACUUGUUUAAGACUCCUAGUGCUAUUGUGGUCAAAGGGAAUUUUAGUGAGGACCAAGUGAAGGACUUGAACGAAUAUUUGUCCCAAUUUGGUGUUAUUCAGAGUUUUAAAAUUCUCACAAAUGAGAAUCAAAUUUCGGUUGAAUAUGUUUUUAGUGAUACAAUUGCACAUUCUAUAAUAAUCCAUCGUGAGCAUUGCAUUUUCGACCAAGAAUUGCAAAUCACUUGGAGUGCAAUAAAUGCAAAAAAAUUGAAAAACACAACACCGGGCAGAACCCUCACUAAAGUCCCACUUGGGGGGGCAAUAGAAACCGCCCCACCCUCCAAGAUAACUUCCGACCCCGAAGUCGCCAAAAAGGCCCUAAUUGCAAGUGUCAAAGAGCCUCCAACAUUCGCCGAACAGGUACAACUUUUACAAAACAAAUUACAAAUUGGUAAAGAAGAAAUGGAGCAAAAUCGUAACAUUAUUUACGACGAUUUGAAUCUAGCCCUCUCACAGACUUACAAUUCCUAUGAUAUUUGUUUUUUUGGGUCGAGUAUCACCGGUUUGGACGUCCAAGGGAGCGAUUUGGACGUCUAUAUUGAUAAUGUGAGACCAGUGAUGAAGCCCGAAGUGGCUGUUUUGAAAACAAUACGAUUUUUGAUUUUCAAAGUUCGCAAAUUUUGCGAUGUUUUACUCAUUUCAGGGGCAAAAACUCCGAUUAUUAAAUGUAUACAUACAAAAACCCAGAUUUGUUGCGAUAUUAACGUUAAAAAUAAGUUAUCAGUGAGGAAUAGUGAACUAAUUAAGUAUUAUUUGACACUUGAUGAGAAAAUUAAACCGUUGAUGAUUUUUGUAAAAUUUUGGGCCGAUUUUUACGAUUUGAAAAAAGUGAAUUUCUUCUCAAGUUAUGCCCUUUACAUGAUGGUGAUUUAUUAUUUGCAACAAACACCAUACAAUGUCCCCACUGUACUCACAUUACAACGAAAUGCCCCACCUGAAAUCGUUGAUGGUUGGAAUUGUGGUUUUGACGAGAUUGAUUUCACAAGUCCGGCUCUGGAAAAUGCAACAAUUCUUGAUCUAGUCGUCGGGUUUUUUCGAUUCUAUGGACAUUUUGACUACAUUUCGAAUGUGAUUACACCGUUUUAUGGGGGAAUUAUUGACAAAGCUUCGUUUUUGAAGCCUUAUGAUUUGCCACGGUGUUAUCACACUUAUAUGAGUCAAAGUGUGUCACUUACUGUCAAUUCGGGGAUUUGUAUUCAGGAUCCUUUUGAACAUUCAAGAAACGUUUCGGCAUCUGUGCCUCUUCAAUGUAUUGGAAGAUUUACAAUGUUGUGUCGAACAGCUGAAAAAUUGAUAGAAAGUGAUACCGAAAAAGAACUAUUAUAUAAAUUAUUGACCAGUAAAAUUGUAUCAGAUUUUAGCUUUGAAAUCACUAAAAAUUGCGAGAAAAGUGACCAAGAAUGGAUUAAUCUAGUCCAAGAAGUGACACUGAAACUCCUGAGUCGAGUUUUGAAUCUGAAAGUGACUGAAAUAACAAAUGAAACAAAUGUCACUUAUAAUGCCACUGGUCAACAAAAUAUCUGGGAUAAUAGAAUCAAUAUUUACAAGAAUUUGACACAAUUACCACCAAAUACCACCGAAAUUGAUAAAGAAAUUGCAGUCACUGAAUGCAUUUUGAAAUAUUUUCCACAAAAUCUAAAUAUAUCUCUGAGUCUGACUUUGACAUUCAAGGAAAAUCCACAAAGAGUCGAUGUUUCGAUCAAACAAUUGCGUAAAUGUAAACACUUUUUUCAUGUUAUUCACUACAUCAAAGUCAAGCUUGUGAAAUUCAUCAAUAGUGGGCCUGAAACUCUUGAAGCCGGUCCUGAAGCAGUGAUGGUGUUAAAUGAGGAGACAAGUGAGCCAAUUAAUAGUAUUUCUCCUGAAAAACAGGUUGAUAAAAUUGAAGAAAAUCAAGAAGGUGUUGAUGAUGAAACGUCAAAAUCUGUUGUUGUUGAUGAAGAAGAAGAAGAAGACGUCCCAGCGGAUUUUUUCGACGAUUUUUCCAAUCAGGAUUUUAUGGAUGGUUUAGAUAUAGUCGAUGCAUGGGAUGAAGGGUCAAAACCGGUAACAACAGUCUCACCAUCUAGUGAAAAAAUCGAUCGAAAACAUUCACCGAUUCGCUUCAGUUCUGAACGUAAAUCAUCGGAAAAACGUAAAAAACGUUCACGUUCACGUACACCAAUUCGACGUUAUAAACGUUCCCGAUCACGUGAUAGGAUACGUGAACGUCGCGAUCCUGAAAAAACCAAAAGAGACAUCAAUCGAGACAAGAUCAAGUGUGCAAGAGAUCGUGAAUUGAAAAUAGUUAGUGAUAAAUUGAAAAUUGUUGAAACUGGUUUAGUACCACCUGGAACUGAAAUGGACGUUGAUCUUGGUACAAUUCUUCCAUCACGACGUCGUCGUUCAAACACCGGAAGUAAACCAAAGUAUAGUAGACGGAGUUCAAGUCGUGAAUUAUUGCGUAAACGUUCACGAAGUCCGGUGGUGUAUAAAUCCCGGAAUCGAAUCCGGAGUAUAGAAUCCGAACGUGAGCAUUGGAUUCGUUCUUCACGUAAACGAAGUAGAUCACGUUCGAGGGAUUCCCCGCGAAAGAAACGCGAAGAAGCAAAGAAGAAAUCAUUUUUGGAAGAAAUUCGUGAUAAACUUAAUGAAACCACUCGUCCAUCUGUGGUUCCUCUUCCAUCAGUACAAUACAAUAUGGGAUAUUCGAAUACAGUGGUUCCAGUUCCUGCACCAGUUCCACCUCCAACGCAAUAUUUUCCACCACAACAAUACGAUCAAAGUUUUUUUAUCGGUGAUACGUUUCAAAUGAAUCAAUCACAAAAUUUUAAUAUGAUGGGAAAUACAACAGGUAAUGUAGUUACGGUGCCACAAAGACAAAUCGGACAACCUGGAGUAAUAAUUGGGACACCUACACCACCUCCACCACCAAUUAUUGACAGUGGCAAUAAAAAAACAACAACAGAUGAUAUUGAUAAACUUUUUGCCGAUAAGAAGAUUUCCCUUUCGGAUUUUUUGACUAUUACAGCGAAAUGUGAAGUUCAAUCGUCAAAUCCUGAUCAUCUUCAGAAAAAAAUCAAGGUAAUAUCGCGAUGUCAAGACGCAAUCAAGUUGAUGAGCGACGAUCGUAAAUUUACUGGUCGAUUAUUGGUCAAGUCAUCAUCAUUGGAACAAAAGAAUAAAAACGAUGUAAAGUAUCAAUCACCGUUACGAAGAAUUCCAGUUGUUCGUUUUCAAUUUACAACACCAUCAAAAACAACAGAAGAAAUUGAUAGUUUUACAAUUGCUAUUGAUAAGAUAUUGAAAAGUGUUGGUAUUAUGAAAGAAUCUAUUAAUUUGGUAGAUGAAACAAUUGCUGUACCAAAAUCAUUAAAUAGUUCAUUUGCUGAUGAAGAAACAACAGCCGCAUUGACAUUAAAAGCUACAAUGUUAGGUGCGAAAAAAGAAGUGGCAUGUGAAGAGUGUAAAAAACGUAAACAAAAGACAUUCGUGGAAGUGGGAUCACAGUGUGCGGAUAAUAAAGAGACUUGUACUGUAGGAAUUCAAGUGAUUGAAGAAGAAUUAACACCGACGAAACUUGUGAAGAAUGAAUCGAUUGCGUUUUUGACACCGGCACAAUUAUUGGGGAAAAAUAAAGAAAGUGAUAAGAAGGAGGCAACGACACCACCACUACCAUCAACAUUGGAGAAAGUGGAAAAGAAGAAAGAAACGGAAGUGAAGAAAAAACUACCAUUGACACCAAGAGGAAGAGGAGGAGGAUUUAAGAAAGGGCCACCUCGUGAACGACCUUUCUACGAAGAAGAGUUUGAAUAUUAUGAAAGACUUGGACCUGCUUAUGAAAAUCCGAGAGAGAAUUUCGGACAUAAUAGAUAUGGGGGAGGACCAUCAUCACGUUUGCCACAACAACAUUUUAAUGAAGAAGAAGAUUGUGGAGCGCAACGGUUCCAGCGACAAUAUGAUGAAGAUGAUGAUUUUUAUGGGAAUUUCAAUGAUUUUAAUAAUCAACCGUAUCGAGGGAGGCCGAGAUUCGGACCUCGAUACUAAAUUUUGUUUUUUGUUAAAUGAGAAAAUCUAAACUUGUAUUUUAAUAUAAGUCUUAUGUUUCUGAAAUGUUAUUCAACAAUAAAUAUCUCCAUGUGUUU